GUGUUAUGAUUAUCGCUGGUUAAGAUUUUUCUUUGUAUCGAACAAAAUUUUAAGCCUUUGAGUUGCAUGAUGGCUUAGACCUCAUCCAAGAGUUGUUAGCGUGUUACGGCACUGUUGUGAACUUUCAGUGCAUCAAUAUCUUUACUCAAUAAAGCUAAAUCAUAAAAGACCUGAAAGUCAAAUUUUCGUUAAAGGGGAUGACAUAACCAAGUGUAAAACAAAGUUUAAGUGAAUAACUCAUUAAAAUUUACAAUUACACCUUAAUAUCCUAAGUGUCAUCAACUUAGCCUUCAGAUUUAAUAAGUCCUUAACACAUCUUCGACAAAAUAUUGCGCUAUAUGCACCAUUAUGAAAAAGUAUGGGUAGACAAAAGUUAUGAUUAUUGUUCUUUUUUCCCUUGGGUUCCUAGUGGAACAUACGGCUUCAGUAACACGUCUCCAUUACACUCUAUUCUCUGCAGUAUUUACAACCUAUCGCCACGACCACUCACAACCUUUCAUUCAUUCCUCACAUCAUCUCCUCCAUAUCACCCUCACCUCGAACACUCAACUCAUCGUUUCACCUUUGGAUCCCACUCGACGGCCUGACCUGGUGUGUGAUGUCCCCCAUCGGCCUUCUCAGUCUAUGCCCAAUCCCAUCCAUCUCCACUUGUCUCUGCAUAUUUGUUGGGCGGUGGGUUCUUGCUUAGUUGGUUCGUUGACAGCCAGUCAGAGUGAGUUCCUUGUUGCUUAUUCUUAUUAUUCUCGCCAUCCAUCUGAUCUUCACUAUCGAGUGAGUGAGUGAGUGAGUGAGUGAGCGAGCGAGCGGGCGUAGGCUGCAGCUGUUGAUGUGAUGAAUGUCUGUAGUUUGUUGGAAGUGCGUUUCGUGACACGCCAAGUUUCUGAACUACCAGAUAGAAGCACUGACUUGACAUUGGUGUUGGAAAUCCGGAUCUUAUCCACGCUUUGUGCUGAGUGCAGUGCAGUA